UGCUGAAAACUGUGGUUCAGGCUUUACCACAUUAUGUAAUGUCUAUUUUUAAGAUACCCGUAUCGAUUUGUAAAGCCAUAGAGCGAAAGAUAGCCAAUUUCUAGUGGAAAAACAGUGAAUCAAAAGCUAGUUUACAUUGGAAAAGAUGGGAAAUCAUGAAAACCAGAAAAGAUGAGGGAGGAAUGGGAUUCAGGGAUUUAAUUAGUGUCAACAAAGCACUACUGGGGAAACAAGCUUGGAGACUAGUUAAAAAUCCUGAUGCAUUAUGGAGUAAAGCUGUUGAAAGGAUUGUAUUUUUAUCGUAAAGACUUCUGGCAUGCUGAGAAAGGCUACAGACCAUCCUGGGGUUGGCAAAGUAUCUUGAAGGGACGAGAAGCGAUCUUGAACUCAGUGAUAUGGGUAAUUGGAAACGGAGAAAAGGUUAACAUCAGAACAGAUAGGUGGUUGAAGAGGGGUAUAAUUGGGCAGGUGUGGAAGGCCCGAAACAACCAGAUUUUCAGAGGUGUUAAACCGAAUGCAAAAGAAGUAGUGGGAUCAGCUUGGAUAAUGCAUCAAAGUGUUAAAAAAUGGAGCAUUCGAGCAAAAACCGCAGAAAAGAGAGGAGAUCUUACCUCAGCGCAAGCAUGGGCAGGCCCGGCGGAGGGUAUCCUGAAAAUCAACAUCGAUGGGUCUCUUGGCAAAGGAUCGACGGACAGUGCGAUAGCUUUCAUCUGUCGGGAUUACUCCGGCUGCCUUGUUGAUGGAUUCGUCCAGAACGUCCGAGCAUCCUCCCCGGCACAAAUCGAAACCCCAGCUCUUCUCGCUGCCCUCAAGUACGUUGAACGGAACAAAGUUGAAAGAGUUGAACUGGAGUCGGACCGUAUAGAACUGAUAAGCGCAUUGAGGCAAGGAGAAGAGAUCAGCUGGGAAGUAACGGCCCUUAUAACGGAAUGCUACUAUCUACUUUCAAGGGUACAGGGUGUACGCCUGAAAUUUUGUCCAAGAACUGCAAAUUAUGUGGCUGAUUGGGUAGCGCGGACUCAUAGAAAGAAAUGUCUUCCAUCUGACUGGCUCUAUUCCCCUCCUCAGGCCCUUUGGGCAUUGCUAUGUAACGACGCCCCUUGCUUGGGCCCUGCUAGCUAAGUCCAGUUUAUGAUAUAUGUAAGUAUUCGUAUUUGAUCCA